CAGAAGGCGGCUGGAGGAAGGUAGAUGUGGAAAAAAAUGAAUUGGGGUCUUCUUGGCAGGGAAUGGGUUUGGGACUUUUAUUGGGGGCAUCCAGUCCAGCGUAGGGGGACUAAAGAGAGGAUCCGACCGCCGUUCCCCUUGUGAUUCUAAGGGAAGCAUGAGCCGGCUGUGGGGAGGACACGCUGAGGUGGCGGUGGGCCGCCUGCCAAAGGCUUUGAAUGGGGUAGGAGUUGGAGGGCCGCCUCUGGAACUCCCCCCAUGCCACUCCCCGAAUCCGCAGACACCGCUGGCAGCCUCCGACUGCAGGGAUUCCCCUCCCGCUCCGGAGACGGCUUCCCCCACCCCGGGGUUGGGGGUACAUCCUUCCAGGUGUAAGAAUACAGGGAAUAAGGGUGGCACAGGAAGAAGACACCCCCUCCAUUUCUAGGAAGAAAUGCUCGAUUAUGUGACACCUCUACCAUCUCAUAGGGUUGUUGAGGGCAGAGCAAAACGCUGUAUCCACAAACGUGAGCUAUUAUGUGACGUUUCCUUAUCUGACGUUGGUUCAGAAAGUCAUUCUUUUGUUGAUACAGCUUCUCCUUGAACUUUCUUCCCUGGAAAGAUGCAGAAGGAAGCAGAGCUCUGGCAUUUCUGACUCCUUAUCUUAGUUUCAGUUUGCAGCUAUUUUUACCAAAGGAAUCUUUGGCUUGAAGAAAUUUUAGAGUGAGUUUAACAUUAAAAUUUACUGGCCUCUCCAAUCAAGAUUUAUAGUCUUUAAAAAAAAAGAGAAUCUGACAACUACACUUAAACAUUUGAGUCAAGACAAUUGUCAGGAUGUCAAACAAGCAGGUGAAGACAGCAUUGAAAAGUGCCAGAGAUGCAAUAAGAAACAAAGAAUAUAAAGAAGCUUUAAAACAUUGUAAGACUGUAUUGAAACAAGAGAAGAAUAAUUACAAUGCCUGGGUUUUUAUUGGAGUGGCAGCAGCUGAACUUGAACAGCCUGAUCAAGCACAGGGGGCCUACAAGAAAGCAGCUGAACUAGAACCAGACCAGUUAUUGGCCUGGCAGGGGUUAGCAAGUUUAUAUGAGAAAUCUAACCAUACAGAUGCCAAGGAUGACUUGAUCACUGUCUACCAAAAGCUUUUGGAUCUCUAUGAAAGUGUUGACAAGCAGAAGUGGUGUGAUGUCUGUAAGAAGCUUGUGGAUCUCUAUCACCAAGAAAAGAAAUACCUGGAGGUGGCUCAGACAUGGCACAAACUGAUAAAAAUAAGGAAGGAAGAUGGCGCAGAGAAUCAAGAGGUUUAUCAGUUAUGGAUAAAGUUAACUCAACUACUCUCUGAGAGUACUGAAGAGGAAAAUGAUGAAAUUCAACAAUUGCUUUUCAUUGCUUUUGAAAAUGCAUUGAAUUCUUCAGAUAACAUUCCUAGUGAAGAUCAUGAAAUCCUUUAUAGACGCUUCAUUCAGUGUUUAUCUAACUUUCCUCAUGAGACUACUAGGUUGAAGAAGGCCUGUGAAAGUAUGAUGAACAUCUAUCCCACUGUAUCUUAUCCAUUGGAAAUACUUAGCUUACAUUUAAUUCAGUCAGGAAGUUUUACUGAUGAAGCUCUACAGUAUUGUUACCAACUGUUGGAGAAGGAUUCAAAAAGUGGUCCUGGCCUCAUUGGCUUAGGCAUAAAAGCACUACAAGACAAAAAAUAUGAAGAGGCUGCCCAAAACUUAACAGAAGGGUUAAACCUAAGCAGUAUGUGUACAGCAGGAUGGUAUCAUUUGGCAGACACCCAAGUGAAAAUGCAUCGAUAUAAAGAAGCUAUUCUUUCCUGCAAUCAAGCUCUGAAGAGAAUAGAAAAUUGCAGUUCAUCUGGUAGAAGUCUUUAUCAGAAGAAUCUUUGCCUUUGUUUGAAAGCAGAAGCCUUGAUAAGACUUUCAGAUCAUGAUUCUUCAGAAGAAGCCAUUAGCACUCUAGAACAGGUCCCGGAUGCAAAUAAUAUUCCAGAGCUUUUAGUUUUGAAAGGUUUUGCUUAUCUAAACAAAGGCUUAACUAAUGAAACUUCAAAGAUUGUGGAAAAACUUCUUUCCUCUCACCCUAACCUAGCUGAAGUACAUGCCUUGGAGGCACUGAUUCAUUUUACCAAAAAGGACUACCUACAGGCAGAGAAAGGAUUUCAGAGGGCUCUUGAUAGAGAAACUGAGGUUGCUGAUUAUCAUUAUUAUCUGGGAUUAACAUAUUGGUUGAUGAGUGAAGAUACAAGAAAGGACAAAACAAAAGCUCUUACCCAAUUUUUGAAGGCUGCAAAAUUAGACACGUACAUGGGUAAGGUUUUCCAAUAUUUAGGUCAUUACUACAGAGAAGUAGUUGGAGAUAAGAGCAGAGCCCGGGGGUGUUACAGAAAAGCUUUUGAGCUGGAUGAAACGGAUGAAGAAUCUGGAGCUGCAGCAGUUGACUUAAGCGUGGAGCUUGAGGAUACAGAAACUGCCUUAGUUAUCUUAACAACAGUAACUGAAAAGGCAAGUGCUGGGACAGCAAAAUGGGCCUGGCUUAGAAGAGGCCUCUACUAUUUGAAAGCUGGUCAGCAUUCUCAAGCAGUGGCUGAUUUACAGGCAGCAUUAAGAGCAGACCCAAAGGAUUUCAACUGCUGGGAGUCAUUGGGGGAAGCCUACUUGAGUAGAGGUGGCUAUACUACAGCUCUGAAAUCCUUCACGAAAGCCAGUGAGCUGAACCCAGAAUCUAUAUACAGUGUGUUUAAGGUUGCAGCAAUACAACAGAUCUUAGGCAAAUAUAAAGAGGCUGUUGCUCAGUAUCAGCAGAUCAUAAAAAAGAAAGAAGAUUAUGUACCUGCUCUGAAAGGUCUUGGUGAGUGUCACCUUCUGAUGGCUAAAGGAAUGCUGACUGAUUACCUUGAUGGGAAAGCUGUGGACCACAUAGAACAAGCCUUGGACUAUUUUACUUGGGCUCUCCAGUAUCGAUCUGAUGUUUCUUGCAUUUGGAAGCUCCUUGGAGAUGCAUGUACCAGUUUAUAUGUGGUUUCACCAUCUAAAGUGAAUGUGAAUGUUUUAGGAGUCCUCUUGGGUCAGAAAGAAGGAAAACAGAUAUUGAAGAAACAUGAGCUUCUCCAUCUAGGGGGAAGAUGCUAUGGCCGAGCAUUAAAAUUGAUGCCUACAGCUAAUACGUGGUGUGAUCUUGGAAUUAAUUAUUAUCGUCAAGCACAGAAUCUAGGAGAAACAGGAAGCUGUGUGAAUGAACUUCAAGAGUUAUUGGAGAAAUCUUUACAUUGUCUGAAAAAGGCAGUGAGACUGGAUAGUAAUAACCAUUUGUAUUGGAAUGCCCUUGGUGUGGUUGCUUGUCACAGUGGUAUUGGAAACUAUGCUCUUGCCCAACACUGUUUCAUCAAAUCAAUCCAAGCUGAACAAAUUAAUGCUAUUGCAUGGACAAACUUGGGAGUUUUAUAUCUAGGAAAUGAAAAUAUUGAGCAAGCUCAUGAAGCCUUCAAAGUUGCUCAGUCCCUUGAUCCAUCUUAUUUAAUGUGUUGGAUUGGGCAGGCUCUUAUUGCAGAGACAGUUGGAAGCUAUGACACAAUGGAUCUCUUUAGGCAUACUACUGAACUCAGUAUGCACACAGAGGGAGCAAUAGGCUAUGCCUUUUGGGUCUGUACAACACUGCAAGAUAAAACAAAUAGAGAAACAGAGCUGUACCGCUACAACAUCCUCCAGAUGAAUGCUAUUCCAGCAGCACAAGUUGUUUUGAGCAAAUACACAGAAAGAAUUCAGAAUUAUGCUCCAGCUUUUACAAUGUUGGGUUAUUUAAAUGAAUAUCUACAACUGAAAAAAGAGGCAGCAGAUGCAUAUCAAAGGGCAAUUUUGUUACUGCAGAAUGAAGAAAAACAAGAGAUCUAUAAUGUUACAUUAAGAAGUUAUGGUCGUGUAUUAUGUGCUAUUGCAGAAUAUGAUAAAGCAAUCCAGGCUUUUAAGUCAACCCCUCUGGAAGACUUCGAUGACAUCAUAGGUCUCGCACUUGCUUUAUUCAAGAAAGGACUUUUUCAAGAGAGUAACAAAGCCUAUGAGAGAGCCUUGUCCAUUGUUGAAUCAGAGCAGGACAAAGCUCAUAUCCUGACGGCGCUGGCAAUAGCAGAAUACAAACAAAAUAAAAUGGACACAGCCAAGACAUUACUAUUCAAAUGUUCUAUCUUAAAGGAACCAACCACAGAAAGUCUUCAGGCACUCUGUGCUCUAGGACUGGCAAUGAAGGAUGCUACCCUUUCAAAAGCAGCACUUAAUGAAUUAUUAAAGCAUAUAAAACUGAAAGAUGAUGAUUAUCAGAAGUGCCUUAUUACAGCAGCUGUUUGUGCAUUACAAGGUCGAAAUGUGUCAGUGCAGAGGCAGGUGUCUAAAGCUAUCCACAGUAACCCAGCAGAUCCUGCCCUUUGGUCUCUUUUAUCCCGAGUGGUUCCACAAUAUACCCCACGAAAUGCCCAAGGUGGAGCUGUAGCAGGAAAAGUGGCACAUAUACUUGACUCAAAUCAUGGAAAGAAAGCCUUAUUGUAUACUGCAGUCAAUCAGUUGGCAAUGGGAAGCAAUUCAGCAGAAGAUGGUAAAAAUGAUCCACUAAAGACCAUUCAGAAGGCAGUCCUAUUAUCUCCAGAUGAUCCUGCUGUUUGGGCAGGGCUAAUGGCAGCCUGUUAUGCUGACAACACAUUGGCUCUCUUAAAUAACACAAAACCAAAGAGGACAGAACUAGACAUAGCACUGUUAACCACUAUUUCUGCUACAGUCAAAGAAAAAGAACUUCCUGAAAAAUACAUUCAGAAUAUUGAAAAAUGGUCCCUUUGUCAAGCUCUCACUGGUUUAAUAGAAAAAGGGAAAAUUUCAGAAGCCGAGGCCCUCUGCACAAAGCAUUUAAAAGGUAGUCAUGACCAACCUGGUGUCUUCCUGCUUUUAAGGCAAAUUCAGUGUAAACCUUUACUACAGUCACAAAAGCAUCUUCCAGAUGCUGUUCUGGAAGAGCUGCAAAAAACAGUUGUAUCCAAUUCAACAUCUUUUUCUGCUUGGCAGUGGUUGGCACAGGUAUACCAGUCUCAAGGAAUGAUGAGUGCUGCUGAGAUGUGUUAUAGAAAAAGUCUUCAGGUGGCAUCCCAGCAGGGUAAUUGGAAUGGAAAACUCUCAAGUCUACUGAGGCUAGCAUUACUGGCCCUGGAAGUCUGCAUUGCUGAUAUUUCAAAUGAUCACUGGCCAUCUUUGGUUCAGGAGGCCACAAAUGAAGCACUGAAACUUUGCUUUUGUCCACUGGCUCUUCUUUUGCAAGCUCUAUUGCAAUUUCAUCGCAAAAUGGGAUCAAGGGAGACACGGCGACUGUUGGAAAGAGUAGUGUACAAAUCCGGGUAUCCCAAAUCCAUUGUAUCAGUUGCCCGCUGGUACCUGCUGAGGCAUUUGUAUGCCAAAGAUGAUUAUGAACUAAUUGAUAUGCUUGUAGACAAUGCCAAAGUCCAUGGAGAUACCAGAGCACUAGAACUGAAUCAGAAAUUGUCAUCAUCGUCAUCCCAAUGACACAAAGUGCUUGUUUCAGUGAAUUGAAGGAAGCUGUCAGCAGAAUUGAGGAAUUAAUCAAGUCUUUCUCCCAAAGUAACAUUCUGAGGCCCCUCCCACUUCCCUUGCUAUUCUACUUUUAAUUCAGAACAAUUUCUACAAAUAUUCCUUCUCCCUACACACACACAAGAGCACCUUGAGGUGGAAUCUCUCAGAAACCCAUGGUCUGACUACUUCAGAAAAAUCUCAUCUUUCCUUUUCAAGAAGAAAGUCUAGAGUGAGAAAAAACACACCAUACCCAUGCAGUUCUACAGCAGCAACUAUGAAGAGUGCAUGAAUAAAGUUUUUGUGUCUUCAGGGGUACAGAAUACUUUUUUCUUUAAAUCUUUGCAAUAAAGCCUUAAUAACUGUCCUCUAUAUAAUAUGCAAAGACAGAUUAGCACAAUUCACACAUUUUGUUGUAACAUGCUUUUAUCUUAUAUAUCCUAAUAAUUCCAAAAUAAUUGCUUUUAUAGAUAGUAGAAUUCAGUCCAACUCCAAACAACUAAAUAAUUAUAUAUAUAAGCUAUUUUGAUAUCUGUUCAUAUCAGAUUCUCUGCAAGAAACAUAAGUAUAAAGAUGCAGGUGUAGCUUAAAUUGCUAGUGUGUGUGUGUGUAUUUGGUGAUCCUUAGAUCUGUGGCUGUGUUUUAAAAUGUUCUUUUGAAGGGUUUUUUUUUCUUAUAGGGCAGGAGUAGGAAACAUGGCUGCUUAUAAUAGCUAAUUUUAAUCAUGGCAAUUUCUUGACUUUGUGAUGGUAAGUAUUCCGACUUAAAUGAAAUAAAACCAUGGCCUGUUGUACUAUGAUCUCAGAGCAUCCAUAUUUAGAAAUAUAAAAUAUUAGAUGCCUCCAUUAUUUUUACUUGUUUGGGUUUUAUACCUUUGGGGAAAGUAUUUUUGGAUUUUUUAAAGAAUUGAGUUUAUUUUAAACAAUUCCAUUUCCUUAUUCCUUUGUAUCCAUGCUCUUAAAAAUGUUUUUGUCUAUUUGUUGACAUUUAUUUUAGUCAUCUAUUUAAUUCUAUCAAUCAUGUACUAAAUAUGGCAGUAGUAUAUGUAAUUUGUGCUAUGAAUUAAUGUUGAAUUUCUGAAUUAUAAAUUGUACUUCAGUAAGUGGCUUUUUAUUGUAAAUUUGUAUAUUAAUAAAGAUUGGACGAUAAAGUGGUAAA